AUGGAUGACGAUGACCCAAGGUCGGAUGUUGAAUACAAUCAUGUUGAGGAGAACGAGGUCGACUUGGCUGAGUUAAAGCCAGGACCCCCAUAUGUGUGUAAGCUUCUUACACCAUCAAAUGGGAAGAAUCCCGUUGAGCCUGAAAAGAGUGACAAAUUCCCCAAGAAAAGCUAUACUUUAAAUGUGAUGAGAUCUUCGAUCUUUUGGUUAGCAUUGGAAAGGGAAUUAGGGAAUGAUGUGUUUGAAUGUAAAAAGGUGCUGAGUCUGAUUCAAGAAGCUGGUCUGAUGAAAACUGUAACAGGUUUUGGGAAGUGCUAUGAAAUGCUGGUCAAAGAAUUUAUUGUGAACAUAUCCAAAGAGUGUGACAACAAAAGGAGCAAGGAGUUUAGAAAAGUGUAUGUCAGAGGAAGAUGUGUAGAUUUUUCUCCUGAAAUAAUCAAGAGGUUUUUGGGAAGAAAUGAAGAAGAACAAGCUAAAAUUGAAGUCUCAGACAAUGUCAUCUGUAAAGAGAUCACUACUAAGCAAGUAAAAGAAUGGCCAAGGAGAAAAAUGUCUGCUAGUGCCUUGAGUGUCAAGUAUGUUGUUCUCCACAAAAUCGGAGUUGUGAAUAGGGUGGCUACCAAUCACACCUCCAAUAUAGCUAUUGGACUAGGUAAGUUCAUCUAUAUUAUUGGUACCAAGUUAAAUUUUGAUUUUGGGUCUUAUGUUUUUUAUCAGACUAUGAAACAUGAUGCAUCUUAUGUUGUGAAAAUGCCUAUAGUGUUUCCCUCUUUGAUUUGUGGAGUUAUCCUGAGUCAACACCCUAGCAUAUUGAUCAAUUCUGAUAGUACUUGCAAAACGGACCCUCCUGUCUUAUUGCAUUAUAGACUGUUCACUGAGAAAUAUGUCCCAGACAUUGUCAUGACAUCUGGACAUACUUCUUCAAGGUCCACUGACAGAACAAACAUCCUUACUGAUAUGAAAAACACUUGCAAGACUUUGGACGAUACUAUACAUAAUUAUACUGAAAGGAAAUGCAAAAUUGAAAUGUUGAUUAAGGCUCUUUCUAAAGAGGAAGGUGGUGAGAAAGCUUAUGGAAAUGAUGAGGAAGAGGAUAAGAAAGACAUAACUGUUACUAGUGAUGAGGAAAAGACUAGCAGUUAUGAUGAUUAA